UCGGGCAGUUCUACUUCCGGUUCAGAGGUAACUCGCGUGCUGGAAGCGGACGCCCCGUGGGACAUAAACAAACCUUCCAGGGACUCGCGGUUCGGCUUUGUUCGGCCUGCUCGGCUGGGUCACGGUCGGCAUGGUGAAGUGUGUCGUGUCCGGGUGUCCGAACCGCCAGGCGGCUGGCAGCAGGGCGGUCUUCAACCGGCCGCGGAAACGGUUCUUCGACUUCCCCAAAGACCCCGCACGCGUGAAGGUGUGGCUGGCAGCUCUGAGGGAAACAGACAAGCAGGAUUCCACCGAGCAGCACCUGAUCUGUGAGGACCACUUCCUGCCAGAGGACAUCUCCAAGAAUGGAGUCAGCAACGAAGCCAUUCCCAUAAUGCCCCACUGCCUGGAUGGGCCUCUGGUCAGUCCCUGGGGAGCUGAAUCCUCUGAGGAUGAAGAUCAGUGGGCUGCUGGAGGCGAUGAUGACUGUGAGGGUGAAGGUGGAGGUGUUAUCCCCUUCGAACCCAAGAUUUCCGUCCCAGAAGAACCUCCUGCUGCAGAUCAGGAUGAAUCGUAUGUUAAAGGGACUCCAGAGGUCAAGACAGCCAGCAGAACUCAGCAGCAGAUGAAUACCAUUCAAACCAAGGCGUCCUCCAGAGAAGAUGUGUCUCUGGGACUGCUGGCACAGCGUUUCUUGGAUCUGCUUCAGAACACACCGGAUGGUGCAUUAGAUUUGAGGGACGUCACCACCAGCCUGAACACACGGCGGCGGCGUGUCUAUGACAUCACCAAUGUGCUUGAAGGCAUCAGUCUGCUUGAGAGGCAAUCUGCUAACAAGUUCAAGUGGAUAGGAAAGCUUCCCGUCUCCAGCUUCCUGGGGGUUUUCAAGAUCCAGAAAGAGGUGAACAACCUGAAGCUGGUGGAGGACACUCUGGACAGUCUCAUCAAAAGUUGUGCCCAGCAGCUGUUCGACCUGACAGACGACCUUCAAAACUCUGCGUUGGCGUUCGUGACCCAUGAAGACAUCAGCCGGCUUCAAGUCUUCCAGGAGCAGACCGUCAUGGUGGUCAAAGCUCCAGAAGAAACCAAGCUGGAGGUUCCUCCACCUAAAGAGGACAGUAUCCAGGUUCACCUGAAGGCAGACAGAGGUCCCAUCAUGGUGAUGACCUGUGGCGUGGGGGCGGGACAGCAGAGCAGCUGCUUCAUGGCUCUGGAGGAGAGUGGCAUAAAACUGGCACCACUUCCCACAGAUCACCGAGCCUGAACCAGGAAACUCCAGCAGACUGUGAGGGAACCUGGCUAACUGCAGACAGUGACAUGGAUGUAUGCCGCUGUUUUUGUGUCAGUCUUGACAUGCUUGGUGCCCUCAGAGGAUCUGGUGUCAGAUCAGCGUCUGCUCCUCAGGAUCCUCUGCUGCACCUGCUUCUCUGCUCCCACACCUGAUCUACGUGACAGACUCGCUGUCACGCCCCCGAAAACACACCAUGGUUUAAACUGGGGGCCUAAGAGGACUAGCAGUGACUCUGGAUGACCACCAGGAGGCGCUGACAGCUUGUGUACUGGUUCCAGCCCUAAUAGGAGAAUCUGGGAAAACACAUAGCUGGGCGGCUGCUGGAUAAUAAGCUUAAAUCAUGUUUCUGUAUAAAGACUCUUUUUUUAAAUUCUGUUUGUUUUUUUAAUACUUUUUUUCAUAAUUUUCAUUUUUAACACAAGUGUAGCACCAAAUAUUAAUAAAGCAAAAUGUGUUAUUAAAUAAAACUGGAAAA